AUGACAGAAUAUCUUGGGCCUAGUGACGAACAAGAAUCCGAUAGGCCGGAUAUGUUACAUGAGGUGCUACUGGUAAAGAUGAACAGGAAACUGUUUCUGGCCCCUAUCGAGUCUUCGCCGGAACGUGUGCUAGACCUCGGCGCUGGAACGGGGCUAUGGGUAAUGGAUUAUGCUGACAACUCCCCAUCAGCGGAGGCUGUUGGAAUGCAUUUGAGCCCGAUACAGCCUCAAUUCGUCCCUCCAAAUGCUAUGUUCUUGGUCGACGACUUCGAAGAUGAUUGGAUCUACCAAGACCAAUUCGACCUCAUCCAUAGUCGAUAUUUGGCUGGGGCUAUGAAGAACCGGCCGAGGCUCAUGACUCAGGCAUACAGGUUGAGCCUCCUACCCUCUCACAACGUGAUCCCCUGGCUUAAUUCGGCAGGUACACGAAGCCUGGGGUAUGGGUUGAGUUUCAGGACUGGGAUGUCGACGUGUAUUCAGAAGAUGGGUCGGCCGAGAAAUCCUACUCGGUGGUUUGUGGCAGUUUCACCAAGGCCCGGGUUUAUGGUUAGCCCAGGUCCGCAUCUAGGUGAGUGGCUCCAAGAAGCAGGGUUUGAAGAGGUUCACGUGAAGAAGUACCGUGCUCCUGUUGGGGGCUGGCCCAAGGAUACAAAACCAUCGGGGUUUUGGAAUCUCUUACAAGCGGAGACUGGCUUUGAGGAGGUUAAUAUGCUUGUAUCCGGGGCGAAAAAGGAUGUCCAGAAUCCUACCGUGCAUACCGUAGCCGGCGUGUAG